AAUCACUUCUUUAACACGCAUAUCCCGUUUUCUCUGUAGUGGUACGAAAAUGGGGGCUGAACCUGAAAUUGAAAACGAAAAAUGGCGUUACACAUGGGAAUCACAAUCUCACACUCCAAUCCUCCGCUUACUCCUUUUCCCAUUUUCCAAAACCCUAAACACUUCUCUUCAUCACCAUACUCACAAUCUCACCCUCCACCUUCAUUCUCCACCCACUUUCCUCACUCUCACCUCCUCCUCCCUAUCCCUUAGGGUUCCGAUUCCCAAUGUCUUACUCGACGUCGAACUUCCUCCCACCCUCCGCUCUUUCACCGACCAUAUCGAAGUCAAACUCGUUCUCUUACUCCCUGUCGAUCACCCCGCCCUCUCCGCACUUCAUCAAACCUCGCCGUUACCUCAACCUCUCCUAAUCGAAUACGAUGUGGACAAACUGUCUUCCGCUGGAGAAGUUGAAUUUGUUUGUAGAAGUUGCAGAUAUCAUUUGACCGAUAAGCCUAUCAGGAAUUUUGUGGAAAUGCCGUCGGCGAAUUGGAGGGAGGUUGCUGACAAUUGGUUUGGGGCUUGUUGUUGUUCGUUUGGAGGUAUAAGUGAGAAGCUUGUGACGAGGUAUGUGAAUUCUCACACGUGUGCACAAGGGAUGUGUCUGUUGAGCUCUACAUCUGUCACUAUUUGCAAGGAUGAUCUUGUGGAAAGUGACUUUCCUGAGCGGUGUGGACAGCUGCACGGGUGUAGCCAUGUAGCCGAUGAUUUUGGAAUCGAUGCUGUUAGUGAAGAUGUUGGGAAUUUCGGGUUGAAUGAGGAAAGAACUUCAACCUGCAAUGAUGUUUGUGAAGUGAAAUGUGCUUUUGAUGAGAAUGCAAGGGUUUCCCAUCCUGGGAAUGGAAAGCUUUCUAAUGAACCUGAUUGCAGUGAUUUUGCUCGUAUAAGUCUAGAUUUGAAUGACACUGAACACACGUCCAAUAUUCCUAGUUGUUGUACUCAUAUAACGGGCACUCCAGGAGAUGAAGACGGUGAACAUCAUUUAUCUUCAAAUGCUAGGAAGAUUGAAACUGCGGAAAUUGUGGGAAAUCAGAAGUCUUUACUUAAUGGUUUUCUUGAAGAUGUUUUCAUGGCUAGAUCAUCAAAUCUUUCAAAGAAUAUUGAUUGGCAUGAAUUUACAUGCCCGCAAUGCACAACUCUCCUUGGAGCAUACCCAUGUUGUGAGGGAUGUGCGCCUGUAGAUGGAGGAGUACGACUGUUCAAGUGUUAUAUUUCAACGCGUCUGCCAGUUUUAGGAUCCGAGGACAUUUUCAGCAAGUACACAAUGGACAAAAUGUUUGCGAAUCGGUUGGUGGAGUGUGCAAAUGACGAGUCAACAUUUCGGUUCGUUGUUAGAGAUCUGAAAACCAAAUCUCCUGUCCUGCAAAUCAUUCUUUUAAAUCUAGAUACAUGGUCCUGUUCUGGUUAUUGCUUUAGUGCAGCGGACAAAGACCCAGAUCCUAAAUUACAGCUAUGGCCGGUCAUCAAGGUCCUUUUUUCUGACUCCGAAGCUGCAACAGAAUCCCAAUCAAGGGUGAUAGAGGAAUGGGCAGCUAAGAAUUCGGCCGAAGACAUUUUCAUGCUAACUUAUCAAAUACAAGACGUGGUGAACUCAUUGAUGUCUGCAAAAGAUAUAUAUCCUCCUUCAUGUGCCUCGGUUCCUGGUUUAGCAUUGUCAUAUGUGCAACGCUAGUAAUCUACUACUCAAAAUCUGACCCCGUGACCAAAAGUAACUUAUUGGGUUGAAAAAAGGAUGAAUGAUUUUUUUUUGUAUUUUUUGAAAUAGAUAGCUAGUGUUAACUGACAGAAUAGGAGCCAGGAUGACAGUGAUAUUGAACAUUGGAUAAGAGGGAUUGGUGUUAAUUUAUCUUCUCCAACUACCAUUCUUAAAUACGUGAGUUCAUGCUAAAUUUUGUUAAAAACUUUUUGGAUAUGUUUUUGCCAGUAUAAUAAUGUAGCCCGACCAAUUUUGGAUAGCAUUGGACCUGUUCCACAACUUGCGAAUGUGUUGAGUGUAACUCGUCACAGUCCGUGCCUAUUCAUUUCAUCACCUGAUUGUUAUGUUGUGUUUGGAUACAUAGUACUAAUGUUCAACUAUAAUCUUAUUUAAAUUAUUAGUUGGGUUAACAGAUUAGCCAACUAUUAUCCGAUCUUACGAGUUGUAGAGUACUGAGCUUGUUUGGGCAGGUUUUGUAACAGAUUAGCCACCUUCUUGUGCUAUCAAUUUCAUAACUGAGAAGAAAAGCUAUGGUUAUACAUUAUCUAGUUCAAACUUGAAGCUGAUAUUGGUUAAUGCUUCAUUACUUGUUCCAUUUUUUAUUUUCUCCUCUAAUUAUUUUUUUCUUUAUAAUUUUUUUCAAACUAUUAAUAUUACAAUUUUAUUUUUAAUUUCUACAUGCUCUUCUAAUUUUACAACUUUAUUCUGUGCUUCCAAAUCUUAAAUUUAGUUCCUUAACAAUGGCCA